AUGUUCACUCCCUUUCAAGGCAUUUUCACCGGGGACUUAGAUGCACCCUUUGACUCUUAUCCUUUUUCAGAAGAAAUUGAAGUUGACUUUGUGCCCUACUAUGGUACUAUAUUUUUGGGUUCAUGUAGAGGUUUUCUACUAUUUGAAGUUGGUUUUGAUAAUUUUGAUAGACACCUCUACAUGUGGAAUCCAGCUACACGUGUUCACAAAACAAUACCUCCAUCUCCUUUAUAUGGUCCUCCUAGUCCUAUAUAUGACUUUUAUCCUCAUCGAUAUUCCGAGUACUUGGGGUUUUGUCAUGUAUUUGGUUUUGGGUAUGAUUCAUCAAAAUAUGACUACUUGGUGGUUAAACUCUCCACUCGACCACUUUUUCCCAAUAGAGAUUUUGCACUUGUGCAGUUUUUCUCAUUAAGAGCUAAUAUGUGGGAAAAUAUUGAGUUUACUGAUUCGCCUUGCUUGGACCUCUCUAAAGAACAAAGACCCGGGUUGCUCUUCAAUGGGAUCCUUCACUGGUUGGUUUAUGACAAAGAUAAAUCAAUGAAUGUUAUUAUUGCUUUUGAUUUAAUGGAAAAGACACUUUUUGAGAUACCUCCACCAGAUAAUAUUGCCCUUGAUCAUUCAUCUUGUAAUUUGUGGGGGCAUUCAAGUUUUUUGAGUCUAUCGCUUGUGGGGAGUGAUACAAUUGAUAUAUUUGUUAUGAAAGAAUACAAACUACAAUCAUCUUGGACCAAGACUCAUGUUCUAUCUUUCAGUGGUAUUCCCUAUUCAGACCAAUUAGGCCCACUGUAUUCUACAAAAAGUGGUGAUAUUGUUGUGGAUUAUGGAGCAGAACUGGUGAAGUAUACUGCUAACGGAGAACAACUAAGUAUUUGGGAGCAUCGUGGUUGUCCUCGUGAAUACAGAGUCUAUCCUUUCACUCCCGGGUGUGAGUGA